AUGGCGGCCGCACCGUCCAGCGAAAAAGAAGCAGUGAAAGUAGUAGUUCGAGUACGUCCAUUUUCAGAAAAGGAGAAGAAUGCCGGCCAUUCCAACAUCGUAUCCAUCGACCAUAAAGACGCGGUCGUUAGAGUCGUUGAUCCUCGACCAGGGGGAGCCGCCGAACCUCCAAAAUCAUUCACAUUUGACUCCGCUUUUGAUUCAAAUUGUUUGCAGAUCGAUGUAUAUAACAUCACUGCUCGUCCCAUCGUCGAAUCUGUAUUGGAGGGCUAUAAUGGAACCAUUUUUGCGUAUGGGCAAACCGGUACUGGAAAGACGUUUUCCAUGGAAGGUGUCCGUGACGUGCCAGAACUACGAGGAAUAAUCCCAAACUCCUUUGAACAUAUAUUUAGCCACAUCAAACAUGCACCUCCCGGUGUGCAGUACCUAGUUCGUGCAUCGUAUCUAGAAAUCUACAAUGAGGACAUUCGAGAUCUGUUGAAUCCCAAGGGCGACAAGUUGGAUAUCAAGGAGAGAACUGAUACUGGAGUUUAUGUCAAGGAUUUAUCCACCUUUGUGGUCAAAGACGUGACAGAAAUGGAUAAACUUAUGUCUGCCGGAAACAAGAACCGCUCUGUCGGAGCCACUGAAAUGAAUGCACAUUCGUCGCGAUCUCAUUCAAUAUUCACAGUCACAGUCGAAAGAUCAGAAGCAGGACAAGAUGGCGAUGAACACAUUCGUGCUGGAAAAUUACAUCUAGUCGAUUUAGCUGGAUCUGAAAGACAAGCUAAGACAGGAGCAACCGGUGAUCGAUUAAAGGAAGCAACCAAAAUCAACCUGUCGCUCUCAGCGUUGGGAAACGUCAUAUCCUCGCUGGUUGAUGGCAAAUCGUCACAUAUACCCUAUCGAGAUUCUAAAUUGACGAGAUUGUUGCAAGAUUCGCUGGGUGGUAAUGCUAGGACUUUGAUGAUUGCUACCAUGUCGCCGGCAUCGUAUAAUUAUGAUGAGACGGUGUCCACUUUGAGAUAUGCUAAUCGUGCUAAGUGCAUCAAGAAUAAACCCAAGAUCAAUGAAGAUCCCAAGGAUGCUAUGCUACGAGAGUUUCAAGAUGAGAUCAAACGUCUUAAAGCUCAGUUGGAUAGUUUGGAGCAUGGAGGAGAAGACAACAUGGGAGAAGACGGAACACGAGACAUGGCGCAACACGAUGACAAGCACGGCAAACGUAAACAGAAGACGAAACGGAAGAAAUCCUCGAACAAGGAAGACGGCCAACAACCUCACGCUGUUAAUGACGAAUCUCGACCACAUUUGGGUAUAUCAGAAUCUCAACUGGCAGAUAUGCAAGACAAGGUGGCUGCUGAGAAGAAUGCCAUUGUGGCAGCCAAAGAUAUGGAAGAAUCUGAAAAGAAUCGACUAUUAGAAGAAGUUACAGCUCGUGCAGAAGAAUUAGAACGAGAAAGGACUAUACGAAACGAUCUAGCUGCCAAAGUAGCUCAACUUCAAGAAAAGCUGCUAGUUGGAGGUGUCAAUAUUUUAGAUAAGCAUGAAGAACAGCAACUCUUGUUAGCCAAACGGGCCCAAGAGAUUGAAGAACGUCGACGCAAGGAACGAGAACUGCAACGAGCACUGGAAAACCAGAAGGAAGCUGCUCUGCAAGUCGAAGAAGAGUAUGCUACACUCAAAGAAGCAGCAGCUGGAACAACCCGUAAACUCAAACAAACAUGGAAUCUGCUCAUGCAAACCAAGUCUGAAAUCAAGGAUUUACAAACUGAACACCAGCGAGAACGUGAAUCCCUCCUCGAAACCAUCCGUGGCCUCGCCCGAGACUUGAAACUAGAAUCCCUCAUUGUGGACUCGUAUGUCCCUCCAGAGGAAUUAGCACUCAUAGAAUCACACAUGGAGUAUGAUGAACAAGCCGAGAAAUGGAGGAUUGCUCAUGCUCAAUAUACUGGCAAUCAAGUUAAAUCACACCAUCAAGAAGACGAUGUCGCUUUACGACGAGACCAUAAUGAAGAAUCGGAUUCGACGUGGGAUCCAUAUUGUAUCUUUCCGGAUGUGUACUUGUCGUAUGAGGCUUUUGGAGUUGCUUCGCCUAUUAGGAAGCCUUCACGUAAAGAUGCUAGUAAGAGUGUGGUGAGGCGAAUGUCGGCUGGUGGGUUGCUGAGUGGGAAAGGCAAACAAGAGAAACAGGCACCUAUUGCUCGUGGGCUAGUGCAAGGAAAUAAAAGAUAUGCGUAA